AUGUCAACGUAUUCUAUACCCUAUUACAAUCAAAUGAACGGAAAUAAUUACAACGGUAUGCCCCAGCAGACAACUGCAGCUAACCAACAAGCUUUUUCUCAGCAACAACCGACAGCAACAGGUAAUACUAGCCAACAGCAACAACAACAAUCAGCAGCCGUGGCCGCCGCUGCUGCUGCUCAACAACCUUACAACUACAUGUUUUAUCAGCAACAAGGACAACCGGGUCAACAGACAACAGGACAGCAACAAUAUGAUUAUAGUGCAUACAAUAGAUACCUGUACCCUGCCGCAACAUCUCAGCCAAAUUACUAUCAGCAAACAAUCCCUAAUCAAUUGUCACAACCACAACCACAGCAUUACAAUGGAUCAAACCGUAAUUACACAAGCGCUCCUAGCGGGGCCCCUAUACCUUCAAAUUCCACCAGCGGGCCUUCACAACAGCCACCACUACCAGGUCAGCAGGCAGUACCCAUUCCACCACAUGUAUCGACAAUGCAACAACCAACUCCUGUUCAGGAUACAUUGAACACCUCGAAUACUUCCACUGUGGGGCAAUUCCAACCACCGGGAAUCAGGCCACGAGUGACAACUACGAUGUGGGAAGAUGAAAAGACCUUGUGUUAUCAAGUCGAUGCCAAUAAUGUGUCAGUUGUCAGAAGAGCAGAUAAUAAUAUGAUCAAUGGGACCAAAUUGCUCAAUGUGGCCCAAAUGACACGUGGUAGAAGAGACGGGAUUUUGAAAUCGGAAAAAGUAAGACACGUUGUGAAAAUUGGAUCGAUGCAUUUGAAAGGAGUCUGGAUUCCAUUUGAAAGAGCGUUGGUCAUGGCUCAACGUGAAGGCAUUGUGGAUAUGUUAUAUCCUUUGUUUGUCAGAGAUAUUAAACGAGUCAUCCAAACAGGAGUCACUCCUAAUGCUGCUGCUGCCGCCGCCGCUGCAACAGCCGCCGCUGCUUCUACCUCGGCUCCUCCCCCACCACCUGCUGGUACUGCUACUGCUGGUACUCCCAAAAUCACUGGUGGAAAUAGGAACAGUAUUUCUGCUACCAAUGGUGGUAGUAGUGCGUCUGGUGCUUCUGGUGCGGGUUCCACCACUAGUCCUGUAAAUACCAAAGCUGCUACUACUGGUACACCUCAAGGUAAUUAUUAUCAAGCUUACAAUCAGCAGCAGCAGCAGUAUCCUCAACAGUAUGGUCAAUACAAUGCUCCUGGUAAGAAUCAGAAUACACCUGGAUCACAACAAGGCUCUGCAACUUCAACCAACGAUCUGUACUUACAGCAAGCUCAAGCUCAACAGCAACAAGUAUACGGCUAUCAACUGAAUUUUUAUCCGAAUGCUGCCCCUGCUGGCGGUAAUUACUAUUCGAAUUAUUACCAACAGCAGCAACCAAACUAUGCAUCAUCAUAUCCAUAUCAACAACAGCUGCUGCAACAAAAACAACAGCCUAAUCAACAACAACAAUCAGAUCAACAGCAAACAGUUGCAUCUUCUACACCCAGUGGUGGUACAGGAACUAGAUCGGUCCAUCAAUCACCUCAAGUUCAAGGGUCGGUUCACCCCUCACCCCAACAACACCAAACUAAUCAAUCUGCUCUACAAUCUACUACCACUCACGCUAAGGAAGAAAAGCAGUAA